AUGGAUUCAACGAAUCCCUAUAGUAAGACAACGAAUUUUGUUGACCUGUUGAACAGUCAACAAAAUCCUGUCCUUCCUGAACCCUUUAAUUAUGGGAGUUUUUCAUCACAAGUCCCUCUGUUCAGUACUCAAUGUACUGAAACCUCAAGCUUCUGUGAAGACUCAGCUACAGGACGCAAAAAAAGAAAGAAAUGGACUCCCACAGAUGAUCUGGUGCUAAUUAGCACAUGGCUAAACACCAGCAAAGACCAUGUCGUCAGCAAUGAGCAGAAAGCCGGUACUUUCUGGAAACGCAUAGCAGCUUACUAUGCAGCUAGUCCAAAGAUGGUGAAAGGUGAAAAGCGAGAAGCCCUUCAAUGUAAGCAAAGGUGGCAAAAGCUGAACGAUCUUGUUUGCAAGUUCUGUGGCUCCUAUGAUGCUGCAACAAGACAGAGAACUAGUGGCCAGAGUGAAAAUGAUGUAGUCAAACUGGCACAUGAAAUCUUCUACAAUGACCAUAAGAAGAAGUUUAACCUUCACCACGCUUGGGAGGAACUGCGGCAUGACCAAAAGUGGUGCGAGCUUGCAACAAGUAAGAGGGAUGGAACCGCUAGGAAAAGAAAGUGUGAGGAUGGAGCACAAUCAGCCAGCUCCCAAGCAACUGUCGAUCUUGAUGAUCAAGCAAUGAAACGUCCUCCUGGUGUGAAGGCAGCGAAAGCAGCAUCUGGUAAGAGAAAUGUGGUAGAUCAGCAGGCUGCCUCUCAGUUUCAGACCAUGUGGUCUAUUAGAGAGAAAGACUUGGCUGUGAAAGAGAGACUCUCGAAGAUGGGUUUGCUAGAGAGGCUCAUUGCCAAAAAUGAACCACUAUCUGAAUUUGAAGAAGCGCUUAAGCAGAAGCUAAUAACAGAGAUGUUGGGUUAA